AUGCAUCUGUCCUGCUUCCUCCUCCUCAUCCUAAACCUGCAGCUGUUCAGCACAUAUCCCAUCAGCACAGGCUUGACUGACACUGACAUAGACAUCUUAAAGGUGCUCCUUCAAAGAUUAGAAGAGUCCGUUCCUAAUGUGGACCAGAGAGUCCCUGCAAGGAGGGACAGUCUGGACAGCCUGAUCAUAGAAGAGGCAGCAGAUGGACAGCAGCCUCAAACAGGACUGGAUGACGAAGCGAUCAGGGAGUUUUUCUCAGCAAAGAACCUGAAGAGCGUCCGCAACAACUCGUCCAGGAAAUCCUCAGGCUGCUUCGGUCGACGGAUGGACAGAAUAGGCUCCAUGAGCUCCCUGGGGUGCAACACUGUUGGCAAUCCAAAGUGAAGAUGAAGUCUUACCAUCAUACUUCUGGAACUGCAACGUCUUUACAAA